AUGGAGGGAAUUGACGUUUGCCAGACCAAGGAGGCCAUUCUUGCACUGUUUGAUAAUUUGGUUGACCUCAAGCUGCCGACAAAAUCUGGAUCCGGAUUCACACCAUCUUUAGCUGAUGAAGACAUCAUAGCCACACAGAUUCAUGUGGUUGUGUUGAUGUACAACUACUAUAAUAGGAGUCAACAUCCAGAACUGAACUUCAUGAAUUUCGAGAGUUCUUGCAAGUUGGUUGUGAUACUGAGACCUAAUUUUCUACUGUCCCUCAAGCUUACACGAAGCUCUAAUGAUACCGUGUUGGAAGCUCUUCAAACUCAGCUUUCUUUGACUAAGACGAACAUUAUGGAUGCAUGUAAUAUUGCUAUGUCUUUGGAUCUUUCACAGACUCUGGACAGGUUGGUAGCAGGUGCAGUUGUGUUGUUUUGCUGGUGUGCAACUUGCUGCAGCUACUUGUCCUUGUUAGCAAAUUGGACAUAA